UAGUGUGCAUUCAGAACCACUAAACUGUGACUGCAAGUAAAAGCCCAAAUUUCAGACAAUUCCCCCAAUGACUUUCAGGAUGUUGCCAGAUAAACUACCUUCUAUUCCUCUGAUGUGUUCUCAUCUCUCCACCUCCCUCAAAUUAGCGGUUAAUGCCAUCUCUGCCCCUGAUGUCCAAAAAAAGCCAUGCUCAGGCAUGCUUCACCUCCAGGUCAUCCACAGAAACAAGCGCUGCUCUUGUGAGAAUCUGAAAGAUAGGGAGUGUGUAUACUUCUGCCACAUUGGGAUCGUAUGGAUCAAUACACCAAGUGAAGUAACACCCUACGGAAUGGGAUCACCCCGCCUGAAGAGGAAUGUUCAAAGAUGCCUAUGUGUUGAAAGGAAUGACCAGGAGUGUAAGCAGUUCUGUUCACAAAGGCAUUCUCAGCAAGCUAGUGAUACUUAAUGGAGAAAUAACUCAAUGUUGCCCAGAGUCCAGAGUUGCAAAAUAAGUAAUAUGUUUCUCUGAAAGUUUGUAAUUUUGAUCUAUAUAGGAAAUUAAUUUUUGAGGGAAUAUUUAAGGAGACAUAACUCCCAUUGUAACUGUCUUACCAUAACGGUUUACUUGUUGCACCAACCCUGUGACUGUAUGCUUCACAUUACUCACAUUUGCAGCCUUUGACCUCUGAAAAGCACCAUAAAGAAAAAGUACCAGAUCAUUUACAUGUAUUGGUUACUUUGUUACAAUAUUAGCAAGGGCGUAGGUUUAUCGGGACACCUUACAGGCUGUUAUUCCAUUUAUCCCCCAUGUUGCCAGUCAUGUACAGUAUAGGCAAUAGGCAUGCAUUUAUAGUCAGUGUUGGGAAUUAAUGGAAACCUGUAUUCCGGAUUACGUAUUUCAAAU